AUGGUGGAGGUGGUGAUCCAUGAGCGACGAUUUAAUCACCCGUAUACACCUUAUGAUGUCCAGGUGAAGCUCAUGGAGGCGAUCUACGACACUCUUACGGGGAACUAUAAGGUUGGCAUAUUCGAGAGUCCCACGGGAACCGGCAAGACGCUGUCCAUCAUCUGUUCGACAAUGACGUGGUUACGCGAGCUAAAACAGCGACAGAAUGCCAUUAUUGACGACGAUGACGAUGACGAGCCUGAAUGGGUUCGCCAGGCGUACCGUGAAAAGAUCGUUGGACGGAUGGUUGCUGAGGCUCGCGAAUACGAACGACAUCUCGACGAGCUCGCCAAGACCCAGGGCAAAGCGAUUGAAAACAAAAUCAAAGAGAAAACGCAUACCCGCAAGCAGAGAAAGGUGAUCAAAGACGAAGAUAUUGUUCCCGAGGAUUAUUUUGAGGACGAGACUUUAGAGGAUAGAAACACAAAAAUAGCUAACGAAAUUAAGCAGCUCCUGGCUCAGGUAGAAGGCAGGUCAGAUGCAAAGGACAAGGCGACAAAGAUCAAUCAAUGUGACAGCAAGAUAUUCUUCUCUUCCCGGACGCAUUCUCAGUUGAGUCAGUUUGGACAGCAAUUGAGACUCACCCACUUUCCAUCCUCUUUGGAGAGUGUCGAGGAGAAAACAAAGUAUCUGGCAUUAGGAUCCAGAAAACAACUUUGCAUCAAUGAAAAAGUGAGCUCCCUAAAAGACGUCCAGCAGAUCAAUGAAGCGUGUCUCGAGCUGCAAAGGAAGAAAGACGGAGAGAAGGGGUGCAGCUAUAUGCCAAGGCCGGAAACCGACGAUCUGACCACGCAGUUUCGCGACCUCACGUUCUCUGAAAUCCGAGAUAUUGAGGAGUUGCACGAGAUAGGCUCUCACUACAGAGUUUGUCCGUAUUACAGUUUGCGUCGUGGCCUGGAAAUUGCCGAGAUUGUGUCUAUGCCGUAUCAGCUGCUGCUUCAAAAAUCUAACAGACAGGUUCUGGGACUGGAUUUAAAGAAUUGUAUUGUCGUGAUAGACGAAGCCCAUAACUUGCUGGAUACAAUUUCUUCGCUGAACUCUGCCACUAUUUCCCUCAACGAGCUGUUAAAAGUUCGAAAGGCGCUCAAGAGCUAUACCACAAAGUUUGCUUCCCGGCUGAAUGCAGGUAACAGAAUCAAUCUCGCUAAGCUCAGUAAAAUGAUUACUAUUUUGGCCAGAUAUCUGAUGAAGGAUAGCGACAAGAUAUCAGCAGGAACAGAAAUCAAUGUGACUUCCAUCUUUGACGACACCACCGGCGAUCUGCUCAAUUUUCACUCUUUGGAGACGUAUCUGACCAAGUCCAAAAUUGCAUAUAAAAUAGAGAGCUACAUGGAAAAGAUUGACGAAAACCACAAAGCUGGAACACCAAUACUUUUCAAGAUUAGAUCCUUUCUAGAGUGUCUCUCCAAUCCCUCGAAGAGUGGAAAACUGUUCUACGAAAGAGAUUCCACUAAUGGCAUUGCCAUGAAGUAUCUUCUUUUGGAUCCCAGCGAAGCCUUUAGGGAUGUUGUUGAAGAGUGCAAGUGUGUGAUACUUGCUGGUGGAACGAUGGAACCAAUUUCCGACUUUACCAAGUUCCUCGUCCCUUACAUUGAUGCCGCAAAGAUCAAGCAUUUUAGCUGCGACCAUAUUAUUCCAGCCUCAAAUUUGGAUGUCUAUCCGGUAAAGAGCCGCCAGGGAGUGGAGUUUGAGUUCUCGUUUGAUAAGAGAAACGAUAAAAAAAUGAUUAGGGCACUUGGCGAUACCAUUUUGGAUAUGGUUGCAGCCGUGCCUGAUGGAAUGGUUGUGUUUUUUCCCAGCUACAAGUAUUUGGACCAGCUAAUAGAGUUGUGGAAAAAUAGCGGGCAUUACCACCGAAUCAACCAGGUGAAAACUAUUUAUACAGAAUCAAGAGAGAACGCGGUGGAUAAUGUUUUGCAAAACUAUUCCCAGCGCAUACUUGAGCGCAGCGGAGCUGUCCUGUUUGCAGUUGUGGGCGGAAAGAUGUCGGAGGGAAUUAAUUUUUCCGACGAGCUUGCGCGUGCAGUAGCUAUGGUGGGCCUUCCUUUUCCUAAUUUAAUGAGCGGUGAUCUAAUAGCCAAGAGAAAAUACGUGGAGUCGAAAACGAUCGAAAUGGGAGGCUCUCACGAAGACGCAAUGGCAAAUGCGCGCGAUUUCUACGAAAAUAUAUGCAUGAAGGCGGUCAACCAAAGUGUCGGGCGUGCUAUCAGAAAUAUCAGAGAUUACUCCGUGAUUUACUUGAUAGACGCCCGGUACGAACGACCACAUAUCCAGAAGAAGCUGUCUGGCUGGAUCCAAAAACGCAUUGAGCGUGGCGGGGAAGUGAGCGAAGUCAUCAGGCAAACGAAACGAUUUUUCAUGAACAAGUAA